AAUGCGCCGUACGAGCCGGCCGGGACGUGGCAGUCCAUUGAAGUACGGCGCUGCCGCCUCGGUAAAUUCUAGUCUCGCGGCCGGCGUUUCCUCGCGAAGGGCCGGGCAAGAGCUGACUCCUGGGAUGACUGUCGCUCGUGUAAUCGCAGAGGGAAAUCUGCGUAGGACGAGAGCGCGUGUCCGCCUGUCGGUUCUGUACGUUGUUGAAUCUACGUUGGACCCCAGCGAGAAAUGACUCAACGCCGUUGAAAUUCGUGUCGAGUCGACGUCAAUUUGAGUCGUUUCUCGCUGGGACGGGGUUCUUUGUGGAAAUUCGGUCGGACUUCGUAGCAUAAAAGUGUAUAUUCGUGUGCUACCUUGCCGUAUCUAGAGGCACGAUAAGUAAAACCAACAAUGAUAUCAGCACUAGCAUAAUCCUAUGUAAAAGACUAAGGCCUGCACAGGUAUGUGUCUCGAUAGGUUCCUACUGUCGAAUGGCACCAGGUGAUUAUUCCCAUCGUCGAGUCGUAGAUAAAAAAAGAACGGAGCGAGCCGUUUAAAGAGAAUUCGCGUCGCGCCACGAUCGGUCGGGAGUACUGAAUGAAGAACGAAAAAGAAGAGAAAAAAAUGUUUAAAAAGGUCGCGCGCGACGCGCCCAUUCUCGCCCGUCGUGUAACAGGGACUCCGCGCGAAUUAACGGUAUUCCGUUUACGCACACGCGCGCGCGCGCACGCAUACACGCGUGCCCCGCACAUGUAGCACGUAUCGCGCGUCUCUUCUGGGACGGCCUCGGGAGAGGAGCGAUCCUCGUCGUUCGGCGUCGUCGUUGUCAGUUGACGCGCGACCCGCGAUCGGCGACGUCGCCGAGCACUCCGGUCCACGUGCGCUGCGCGCUCGCACACGCAACGUAACUACCUCAGGAGCCCCACGAUGAUCGGUCGCGCGGUAACGCGUAACUGCUGGAAAUUAUGUGUGAUACUUGCAGCCGUAGCCGGCGGCACCAAGGGCUGGGAGUUGGGAAGCGGCCACAAAUACAGGCUGACGAAUACGCUUAUCUUCAGGGAGGCCGAGCCGCCGAAAUCCGGGGGCGACGUCGGCUUCAGGCUCACCGGCGAGCUGGGCGUCGCAGCCCUGUGGCAGGACUCCAAUGUCUUUCUACUUAAAUUCGAGUUACUUUCACCGCAAUUGUGGAUCAAAUCCCGACGAGCCCCGGAGCCGGAGGGCUUCGUCGAGCACUCGUCCAAGGUGGACGAGGUCGCCGAGAGGCCCUUCUUCGUCCUCUGGCGGCACGGCGACAUCGAGGCUGUGUACAUGGACCCGGCCGAGAGCGCGUCGUCCGCGAACCUGAAGCGCGGUCUAGCUAGUCUCUUCCAGUACCGAACGCUCGACGACGAGGUGCGCCAACGGGACGCCUCCGGCCUCUGCCACGUGGCCUACGUGACGUCCGGGGACAACGUUGUCGAGAAACGAAAGACUGCCUGCGCGCACGGUACGCUGCCGCCGCCGAAGCAGCAUCCGAACCCGGUGUUCGCCGUCAGUCUCGAGAGCUAUCGCAAUUCCACGUACGUGCUGACGCAGUCGCUGCUACCGGAGAGCGUGACCGAUUACGAGGCGCACAGGAUGACCUUGGUGGCCAAGUCCGACGUCGGCACGAGCGUCGUGUCGGAGAGAACGCUGAGACAAUCGGCCGAGGUCCUGAGCGCGAGCGCGGUUCAGGCGAAUUCCGCGAGGCACGCGGUGAUGCUCCUCAAGCCCGAGUACAAAGAUGUUGGCAUCGAGCUGCAACCGGUGCCCGCCACAUGUCCCGACGCCGGAUGUCCCACGAUCGACCGGACGAUCGAGGAAUAUCACAGAGUGCUCACCGCUUCCGAGCUGGGCACGUCGAAGUCCGCGUCGGCUUUUCUCAAGCUUCUACCUCUAGUCAAGAACGCCUCGCCCGAGGAGUUGUAUAAGGUCUUGAAGACGCCACGUAAUCAGCCGAUAAAGAUGCAGCUGCUGGAUGUGUUCGGCGCCGCGUCCACCCUGCCCGCUCAUCAAGCUGCCAUGAAGAUACUGCGACAGGACGAGACUGGCGACGAGACCGAGAGGUAUCUGUGGGCGCUGUCCCUCUCGCCGACGCCGCACGUCGAGGUUGCCGGAGAUAUCCUUAGACGCUCCGAGGAGACGAUGCAGAAUGACAAGGUGUCCGAGACCUACGCGCUCACGGCGGGUGCGAUGGCGCGGCACUACGGGUCCGCCGCGGUGAUAGAGAAGGCACGGGUCAGUCUGGAACUGGGCCUGGACACCUGCACCGGUGAGGAGUGCAAGCUCAAGUUCCUGCGAGCUCUGCGAAACCUGAAGAGCCCAGCGGCGGUACCCACGUUGCUGCAGCACGCGUUACACGGCAGCAAAUCCAUCAGCGUCGCCGCCUGGCGCGCUCUGAAAGCCCUGCCGCGCGAAGCUGUGUCCGACGAGAUGAAGCGAGCGGCGCACAUGGUUUUCUAUCAGGUCGGAGUGCCGCGAAGGGACAGCAGCGCGCGAACGCUCGCGCUGGACAUUAUCCUCGACAACGAACCAUCCAAAGAGGCUCUGCGUGAUUUCGUGAUGUAUUCGAGCAGCGACGACCCGGCCUACGAAGUUCGCAAAUAUCUAAGUCAACGUUUGAAGCAAAUUGCCGAGCGAGACGAGCGAUUCGCCGAGUAUCUGAGGACUAUGUACGCGAACGGCAAUGUGACGCUCAACAAUUACCACGUACGAGCGCAACAAGGCCUGAGCACCGCCUUCGCAAGAGACUUCCUGCGCUCGUCCGACACCAACGGUUCUUUGGUUACCUUCCAGGAAGUGAAUUCCGGUAUCCUGAAACACGGCAUCGUGGACGUCGUUCUGGAAAGCAACGAGCAACAGCAAACGAUGUUCUCGCUGGGACUAUUCGCCGGCGGUCUCAGCAGUUUCGCCUCGAGCCAGACUGAACAGACGGAAGCCGACGACGAGGUGGCUACCGCUGGAAUGGAGAUUGACUUUCUCGAUGUUGGGGUACGACCGUUCGUCUUCUUCUCCGGCCAAGGCGAGCUGUUAGGUCACGUCUGGUCUGGCACAGCGGACCAGAGGACUCCCGCCUUUCAAGCUCUCGCCUCCUUGUACAGUCAUAACGAGUACGUGCCAUUGGGUUCGGGGUUUGUCGCCGAGAUCGACAUUCAGGGCGCCGUGAGCUUCGAGCUAGCCGGUGAAAUCCAGGUGAGCCUGUGGUCGAAGAAGGCGCACUCUCUGGUCGAGACGGACGCCGGCGUGAUGGUCCACGGCCUAACCAGGGUGCAAACGAGCUUCGUGCAGAGCAAGGCGGAAUUCACGAUGGCGAUGGAGCCGAAGCUCGAGCUGUCCACUGACGUGGACUUCAGCGGGCCGGUGGCGUUGUGUAUGAGACUGAGCCAGCCGGUCACCACGGUGGCGCAUCAGGUCUACAAGAUCGAGAGAAUACCCGGCAGCCGGCACAAACUGAGGAAGACGCGCCGGUCGAGGGUUCACUCGCCCGGCAGAUCCUACAGACUCAAUCGAAAGAACAACGAGAUGUGCGCGAAAUUCGGGAAUUUAAGUUAACGCACACCGAAGACUGCUCAGUGACUUUGUUUUUUUUUUUAUAAUACGUGUUAUCGGUAAAGGAGGCCACAAAACUGUUUUCCUUCGCUUCAUAGAGGAAGCUUUGUUUUUCGUGAAAUAAAUUUCUUUUUCAAGAAA